AUGAGAGAGCUCGUCAACAUUCCACUGUUACAGAUUCUCUCCCUGGUCGCCUUCAGCGGGACAGAGAAACUUCCAAAAGCUCCUGUCAUCACCACGCCUCUUGAAACUGUAGAUGCCUUAGUUGAAGAAGUAGCGACUUUCAUGUGUGCCGUGGAAUCCUAUCCUCAGCCUGAGAUUUCUUGGACCAGAAAUAAAAUCCUCAUUAAACUGUUUGACACCCGCUACAGCAUCCGAGAGAACGGUCAGCUCCUCACCAUCCUGAGUGUGGAAGACAGUGAUGAUGGUAUCUAUUGCUGCAGCGCCAACAACGGAGUGGGAGGAGCCGUGGAGAGUUGUGGCGCCCUGCAAGUGAAGAUGAAACCUAAAAUAACUCGCCCUCCCAUUAACGUCAAAAUAAUCGAGGGGUUGAAAGCAGUUCUACCAUGUACGACAAUGGGCAACCCCAAGCCGUCCGUCUCCUGGAUCAAGGGGGACAGUGCUCUCAGGGAAAAUUCCCGCAUUGCAGUUCUUGAAUCGGGGAGUUUAAGGAUCCAUAAUGUGCAAAAGGAAGACGCAGGACAGUACCGAUGUGUGGCAAAAAACAGCCUGGGCACAGCUUACUCCAAACUGGUGAAGCUAGAAGUUGAGGAAGACAGUGAGCCCGAGCAGGACACUAAAGUUUUUGCAAGAAUCCUGCGUGCUCCCGAGUCCCACAAUGUCACCUUUGGUUCCUUUGUAACCCUACGCUGCACAGCAAUAGGUAUCCCCGUCCCCACCAUCAGCUGGAUUGAAAACGGAAAUGCCGUUUCCUCAGGGUCCAUUCAAGAGAGUGUGAAAGACCGGGUGAUUGACUCAAGACUCCAGCUCUUUAUCACCAAGCCAGGACUCUACACAUGUAUAGCUACCAACAAGCACGGAGAGAAGUUCAGUACGGCAAAGGCUGCGGCCACAGUCAGUAUAGUAGAGUGGAGUAAAUCACAGAAAGACAGCAAAGGCUACUGCGCCCAGUACAGAGGGGAGGUGUGUGACGCAGUCCUGGCCAAGGAUGCCCUGGUCUUUUUCAACACCUCCUACUCGGACCCUGAGGAGACCCAGGAGCUGCUGAUCCACACUGCGUGGAAUGAGCUGAAGACUGUGAGCCCACUCUGCCGGCCGGCUGCCGAGGCUCUGCUGUGUAACCAUCUCUUCCAAGAGUGCAACCCCGGCAUGGUACCCACUCCCAUGCCCAUUUGCAGAGAGUACUGCUUGGCCGUGAAGGAGCUGUUCUGUGCAAAGGAAUGGCUGGCGAUGGAAGGAACGACCCACAGAGAACUCUACCGCGCCGGGAUGCAUCUCCUCCCCGUGCCAGACUGCAGCAGGCUUCCCAGCAUGCACCGGGAUCCCAUGGCCUGCACGAGACUGCCCUAUUUAGAUUAUAAAAAAGAAAACAUAACAACAUUCCCGCCAAUAACGUCCUCCAAGCCGAGUGUGGACAUUCCAAAUCUGCCUUCCUCCACCUCUUCCUUCGCUGUCUCUCCUGCAUACUCCAUGACGGUCAUCAUCUCCAUCAUGUCCAGCUUCGCCCUGUUUGCCCUCCUUACCAUCGCCACCCUUUACUGCUGCCGAAGAAGGAAAGAGUGGAAAAACAAGAAAAGGGAGUCAGCGGCCGUGACCCUCACCACACUGCCUUCCGAGCUCUUGCUGGACAGACUCCAUCCCAACCCCAUGUACCAGAGGAUGCCACUCCUUCUCAAUCCCAAGUUGCUCAGCCUGGAGUAUCCCAGGAAUAACAUUGAGUACGUCAGAGACAUCGGAGAGGGAGCAUUUGGAAGGGUCUUUCAAGCAAGGGCUCCAGGCCUGCUUCCUUAUGAACCUUUUACUAUGGUGGCUGUGAAGAUGCUGAAGGAGGAGGCCUCUGCAGACAUGCAAGCAGACUUUCAGAGGGAGGCGGCCCUCAUGGCAGAGUUUGACAACCCAAACAUUGUGAAGCUCUUAGGUGUGUGUGCAGUAGGAAAGCCUAUGUGUCUGCUCUUUGAAUACAUGGCCUAUGGUGACCUCAAUGAGUUCCUCCGAAGCAUGGCCCCUCACACCGUGUGCAGCCUCAGUCACAGUGACCUGUCCACAAAGGCUCGGAUGUCCAGCCCUGGUCCUCCACCCUUGUCCUGUGCAGAACAGCUCUGUAUUGCCAGGCAAGUGGCAGCCGGCAUGGCCUACCUGUCGGAGCGCAAGUUUGUCCACCGGGACUUAGCCACCAGGAACUGCCUGGUGGGGGAGAACAUGGUAGUGAAAAUUGCAGACUUUGGCCUCUCCAGGAACAUCUACUCUGCAGACUACUACAAAGCUAAUGAAAACGACGCCAUCCCUAUCCGUUGGAUGCCACCGGAGUCCAUCUUCUACAAUCGUUACACCACAGAGUCCGAUGUGUGGGCUUAUGGUGUGGUCCUCUGGGAGAUCUUCUCCUAUGGCCUGCAGCCAUACUAUGGCAUGGCCCAUGAGGAGGUCAUUUACUAUGUGAGAGAUGGCAACAUCCUCUCCUGCCCCGAGAACUGCCCCUUGGAACUGUACAACCUCAUGCGCCUAUGUUGGAGUAAGCUGCCCGCAGACAGACCCAGCUUCUGCAGCAUCCACCGGAUCCUGCAGCGCAUGUGCGAGAGAGUAGAGGGAACGGUGGGCGUCUAG